AUGGCACUGCUGUCCCCGAAAAUCUUCCUCGCUACCUUACACCGGAAAGGACGAGGCCUUGGUUUCGUGUUUCCGUGGAGUUCAUCGUUCGCGGGCCGCGCUCCCUGCAUCGAAUACCCGCGUGGCGGGACACAGGCGUCAGCGUCUGGGUGCUGGCGGCACGCUGAACGAAGUUUUUCCCAGACGUCGUGGUCUCGACUCCGACGACUCGUCGUUCAGAGUGCGGCUCCAGCGAACCAGCGGCGACGUUCAUCAAAGCGAGGUGUGCUGUCUGCUGAGCGCGCCGCGGCCUUGUACCGCAGCCUGCAGAGUUUCAGCGCAAUGACGUCGCGAUCCAUUGGAACACAUUCUGGAACUUUUCACUGUGAUGAAGCGCUUGCCUGUUACAUGCUACGUUUGCUACCUGAGUUUCGUGACGCAAGCAUCAUCAGAACGAGGGAUCCGGCGCUCCUGGCUACACUGGACUGCGUGGUUGACGUUGGAGCGGAGUAUGAUCCCGAGCGCUUGCGGUUCGAUCACCACCAACGCUCGUUUUCGGAUACGUUCUCGACAUCCAAGAAAACCAGGCUUUCUUCGGCAGGCCUGGUCUACAAACACUUUGGAAGGGAGCUGAUUCGGCAGAUCACCGGCACGAGUGAUGAGAACGUGCUCGAAUUGUUGUAUACGCGCGUCUACGAUGGGUUCAUCGAGGCUAUCGACGGAAACGACAAUGGCAUCGAUGCAACGAACGAGCGUCCGCGCUAUGUCGACAACACCACCUUACCGAUGCGAAUUUCAAGACUGAAUACUCCGUGGAACGUCGAUGAGAGCGAACAGGAGCAGCUUGUACGCUUCGAACAGGCCAUGGAAAUGGCGGGUACGGAGUUCGUGGCGUACGUGCGUGGACUCUACGGGCAGUGGUUACCGGCCCGAGCAGUGGUACUCGAGGCGUUCCACAAACGCUUUGAGACUCACGCGUCGGGGCGCAUGAUUUACCUGGAGCGGUGGUGUCCGUGGAAAACGCACCUCUACGAUAUAGAAUCGGAAAAUUCAGCGCUUGGAGAGAUAUAUUUUGUGCUUUACAGGGAUCAUAGCGGGAUGUGGCGCGUUCAAGCAGUGAACAAGCCGGACUCCUUCGAGAACCGAAUUUCCCUGCCGAUUGAGUGGCGUGGAUUGCAGGACGCUGCGCUUGAAAAGGUUACCGGGAUCCGGGGCUGCACUUUUGUGCAUGCGUCUGGUUUCAUUGGCGGCAACGAGACGUAUGAAGGCGCAUUGGCUAUGGCUUGUUUGGCCUUGUCGAUGAACACAGCUCCCGUGAUGCCCACCUAG